ACCAUGCUGUGCUGGCCUGGUCCAUGCAACACGGAGAAGCAGAAGCCGCAAGAUCGGGUUUCGAGACGGAUGCUCGUCAUAACAAUCGUAGCACUUUCAGCACUGGCGCUGGUUUCCUUUUUCUGGUGCUGGAUCCAUCCUCCUAAACGACACAAAAGCUUGAGCAAACCAGAAGAAGAGUGGACACUUACCUCGUACCAAGUUAAGUCGAUUUCUCUGGCAGACGUCCUUGAGUGCGUCGAAAGCAAGGACAAUCUCAUCUGCAGAGGACGAAACAACGUGUACAAAGGAGUGCUCAAAGGUGGCAUACGGGUUGCAGUGAAGGAGGUCCAGAGCGAAGAUCACAGCCAUGUAGCUGAAUUUGAAGCGGAGGUCGCAACGCUCGGAAAUAUCCGGCACAGGAACGUCGUCAAGUUCCUCGCCUCCUGCACAAACAAAAGAAGUCAUCUCCUGGUGUACGAAUUUAUGCCACUGGGAAACCUGAGAGAUCUUCUCCACGGAAAGAUGGCGAGGAGCUUCAGCCUUGGAUGGGACAAACGGGUUGAAAUCAUAACUGGCAUAGCCGAAGGGCUUGCGUACUUGCAUCACGACUACGGGCCCAAAGUCGUGCACCGAGAUGUCAAGUGUGAUAACAUUCUGUUGGAUGCAGAGAUGAAGCCUCGGCUGGGGGACUUCGGCCUGGCCAAGCUAUUGAGGGAAAAUAAACCGAGCACUGCUUCCAAGUUAGCUGGAACACACGGCUACAUUGCUCCAGAAUAUGCUUACACUCUGAAAGUCGACGAGAGAGCGGACGUGUACAGCUUCGGCAUUGUAGUGUUGGAAGUGCUGACGGGAAAGAUGGCGACAUGGAGAGACGCUACUAACGAUCUGGACCUGGUUGAAUGGGUGAAGUUGAUGCCAGUGGAGGAACUCGCGCUUGAGAUGGGAGCGGAGGAACAGUGCUACAAGUUAGUGCUGGAAAUCGCUCUAGCCUGUGCAGAGAAGUCUCCAAGCCUUCGUCCUACAAUGCAGAUUGUAGUGGACAGACUCAACGGGAUUAGAAGCAGAAAGGAAAACAAGAAAACUGACCUCAAUGAAGCGUUUCUUGCGGAUCUUGUAUAAGACCGGCUAUGUACAGAUACAAGUUUAGUUUUAUUCAUGAUAGUAGGAAAUAGAAACAAAGGCUUUCACUAA